AUGAGAGAAGAUAGAACUGGUCCAUCAAAAAGCCGGUACGUACCGGAAAGGCAGUCCGAUUUUGGAGUUCCACGUUGUUGUUCUUCAUUUGUUAAUCAUUUUCCCCAUCAUCUAAUCGUCACUUUCUGCUAUGGCUUCUCUGCUCUCUGUGGCCCGAUUUCUUUCUUCUCCAUUUGUAUAACAUUAUCAUCAGCACUUAUCUUCUCCAUUUGUAUAACAAUGGCAGUUCACUCCUCCGCCAUUCUGCUUCUGCAGCUCUUUUUUUACUUUUUAGUCGCUUCCGCCGCUUCCCGGAGCAAUGAGAUUGCCGGAGGUGUGCGGAUAUGGCCGUUGCCGGCGUCGGUCACUCAUGGUGGCCACCGUCGGUUGUAUGUUGCGAAGGAUUUACGCCUCAACACUCAGGGCUCCAACUUUAGCGAUGCUUCAGGGAUACUCCAGGAGGGAUUCUCCAGGUUACUUGAUGUGGUUCGUGCUGCUCAUGUUGUUGAUGCUAAUCUCACUCGCUUGGGUUCCUCUGCUCUGCUUCUUGGAAUCCACAUUGUUGUCUCUUCGCCUUCCGAUGAGUUACAAUAUGGUGUAGACGAAUCGUACACAUUAUCAGUCCCUGCACCUACACCUGGAAAGCCUGCCUAUGCAUAUCUGCAGGCUCGUACAGUUUAUGGGGCUUUGCAUGGUCUUCAGACCUUCAGUCAGUUAUGCUCUUUCAAUUUUGAAUCAAGGGUAAUUGAAGUUCGCAAGGUACCAUGGAAUAUUAUUGAUCAGCCAAGGUUCUCCUAUCGAGGGCUCUUAAUUGAUACUUCUCGACAUUAUCAGCCAUUGCCAGUUAUAAAGAAAGUGAUUGAUUCUAUGGCAUAUGCAAAGCUGAAUGUGUUGCACUGGCACAUUGUCGAUACACAAUCUUUCCCAUUGGAGAUACCUUCAUUCCCAAAACUUUGGCUUGGUGCUUAUUCUAAGCAAGAACGGUACACAAUUGCGGAUGCUACAGAAAUUGUGAGAUAUGCACAACGACGUGGAGUCAGUGUAUUAGCUGAAGUUGAUGUUCCUGGACAUGCUUUAUCAUGGGGAGUUGGCUAUCCUGCGCUGUGGCCGUCAAAGGACUGUAAGCAGCCACUUGAUGUCAGUAAUGAGUUCACCUUUAAAGUAAUAGAUGGAAUACUGUCGGAUUUCAGCAAGAUCUUUAAGUAUAGAUUUGUUCACUUGGGAGGCGAUGAAGUCAAUACAACUUGCUGGACGGUGACUCCUCAUAUAAGAAAUUGGUUAAGAAAACAGGGUAUGAAAGAAUCUGAUGCUUACAAGUACUUUGUCCUGCAAGCACAAAAAAUAGCUUUGUCACAUGGAUAUGAACUUGUAAAUUGGGAAGAGACUUUUAAUGAUUUUGGCAGCGAAUUGAGUCGAAAGACUGUUGUGCAUAACUGGCUAGGAACUGGUGUAGCCCCCGAGGUUGUUGCAGCUGGGUUAAGAUGCAUUGUUAGCAACCAAGAUAGUUGGUACUUGGACCACAUAGACACAAGUUGGGAGCAGUUCUAUACAAAUGAGCCGCUUAAAAAUAUCACAGAUCCUCAGCAUCAAAAACUAGUCAUUGGUGGGGAGGUAUGCAUGUGGGGUGAAAAUAUCGAUGGGUCAAAUAUUGAGCAAACUAUUUGGCCUCGUGCUGCAGCCGCUGCAGAGCGCCUUUGGACACCAUAUGACAAUCUGGCUAAAGACCCCAAUCAAGUUUUUGCAAGGUUGACACAUUUCAGGUGUUUGCUGAAUCAAAGAGGGAUUAAUGCCGCUCCUGUAUCAGGACUCGGCAGAUCUGCUCCUUGGGGUCCAGGUUCUUGUUAUGUGCAAUGAUUAUCCAGAUCAAUCUCCCUUUCAUACUCUACUUCUCCUCUCAUUUGAUCAAGAUACUUUCUAGCCAUAAAUUCAGGAUUAGC